CUACAACGUAGUGCUGUGCCCGUCUACUAGUACUGUCGUACCUACAAUGUUAGGUAAUGACAGCCCCAGGCACCUACCAGCACACACAGCCUGAGGCUGAGGUAUCUGGCUUACUAACAUAAUCUCCGGGCAAAUCGGGAUCUGAGAGUACUAGCUCAAGGGCACCACUGCACAUAAAUGGUGUUCUGGGUCUCGCUACAGCUCGUCUUUGUUGUUGCGAUCCGGACCGCUGCCUACCAGCUUGCGUGAAUCUGCGUGGUUCAAGUUGCUGACCAGCGACGAAAACUUCAAGGUGCGGCUCAACAGGAUGUGGAAGCACCAGGUAACAGGCGCCGGUUUCUGCCGGUAGCGGACGCUGCUUGCUUGUUUAUCCUCCCACAUUGCAGCUACUUUACAUAUAUGCAUGGCAUACCUUAUGUCAAAAAGAAUGAAGCAGCGGCGCACUUGAGCAGGUACUCUGGAACUUGAAGGCCAGACAAUCCAUUAUCUUUAUCGUUGUCCGAUAAGACACGGGGCACUUUUAAACAAGCGGGACGUCCACGGCACGGCCAAGUCCGUUUGACCCCAGGAUACUAGUGGCAAUAGUACACCGCAACAAUGCAAAAGAGGUAGCACUCUGGGGUUCCUCCGACCCACUAUGACCUCCUUCGACUUCAAGUUCCAAGGUGUGUUAUCAAGACUCGUAGGGUUGGACUGGCUCUUAUCAUACCGAUAUCAAUGGACAAAAGACUCGCUCACGUCUUUCAUUCCGCCUGUUACUUGCGAGGCAAUUGAAGCAGGUCCGAGUUCGUGGUUCGCUUCAAUACCGCCUGGAUCAGAGCUGUCCCGAUCGGCAUGCAGUGCAACACUGCAAACCACACUAUCGCAUAGUGACCGGGGCUUGUUCAAGCUGCAGCUGGUUGCGUCAUCGCCAUUGAAUCGCACUUUCACGUUUCCACGAUCCAGAGUGGUGCAAGCUGGCGUGCUUCUGCCUCUUCGUGACGGCAGAGGCUUUGGCGGGUUCCUGGAUCAUCUGCUGCUGACUGAUGUGGGGGUGAAUCCUGGCUGGGUUGGUGAGCUGGGAGCUUGAGCUGGGCGAUCAAAACCCGCGCGAUGUCGCCGACAUUAUCUCGACUGCCCAUACGUCUCUUCUCCUGCUUGGCUGGUUCUACAGCAUUGGUGUACACCUUGGCCAUGUUGUCGUUGUUGCAGCUCGCGUGUGCCCUGGCGCUGCCGCCCUUGCUGAGCCAGGUUGCGGCGAACCCUGUGCCCGUCAUCCACCAGAGGUAUGCGCCCGACUCCCUGGGAGCUGUGGCCAGUGAAAGCAACAUAUGCAGUCAUAUCGGCAUUGAUUUAUUGCGCCAGGGCGGAAAUGCAGCGGAUGCGUUGGUCGGCACUGUCUUCUGCAUUGGCGUCGUCGGAAUGUACCACAGCGGAAUCGGCGGUGGAGGUUUCAUGAUUGUCCGCAGUGCCAACGGCAGCUACGAGUUCAUCGACUUCAGAGAAACUGCCCCUGCUGCUGCCUUCCAGGACAUGUAUAACAACAACACCAAUGCCAGUAUCUUUGGUGGGUUGGCCAGUGGCGUUCCAGGUGAGGUUCGAGGCCUUGCUCAUCUUCACGACAACUACGGGAAGCUUCCCUGGAAGCAGGUGAUGCAAGGCGCAAUCAAAACUGCACGGUAUGGCUGGACGGUCAAUGCAGACCUUGUGAGGUACAUGAAGUCGGCCAAUGCAUCGGCCCUGGUCCCCAAUUUCUUGGUGGACGACCCCAAUUGGGCUAUUGACUUUGCUCCCAAUGGCACAUUGGUCGGUCUGGGUGACACCAUCACUCGCAAGAGGUAUGCGGACACCCUUGAGGCCAUAGCGGAGAGGGGUCCAGACGCCUUUUAUGAGGGACCGAUUGCAGAAGCCACCAUCGCGGCCCUGCAGGCGCAGAACGGGACGAUGACGCUUGAAGAUCUGAAGAACUACACCGUGGCGAUUCGACCGCCCGCCAAUAUCACCUAUCGAGGGUAUCGGCUGUUCAGUUGCAGUGCGCCGAGCUCAGGGGAGGUGGCUCUGUCAACGCUCAAAAUCCUCGAAGGAUAUUCCGAUUUCUUCGCUGAUGGUCAGACCAAUCUGAGCACACACCGCUUGGACGAGGCAAUCAGGUUUGCCUAUGGAGAACGGACGAAUUUGGGUGAUCCCUCAUUCGUGGCCAACUUGUCCGAGUAUCAGGCUGAGAUGUUGACGGACGAGACGGCUGCUCAAAUUCGAAGUAAGAUAUCUGAUUAUACGACCUUGAACGUGUCGUCAUAUGACCCCUCUGGCAUUGAGUCCCUGGAAACUCCAGGCACCUCGCACGUGGUGGCAGCGGACGCAUCGGGACUGGCCAUUUCUUUGACCACGACAGUCAACCUACUCUUUGGAUCGAACCUGUUGGUGCCCGAGACCGGUGUGAUCAUGAACAAUGAAAUGAACGAUUUCUCCAUUCCGGGAUCGUCCAACGCUUUUGGGUUUGUUCCUAGCCCUAGCAACUACAUUCGACCGGGGAAGAGGCCUCUUUCUUCCAUAUCCCCUACGAUUGUGGAGUACCCGGACGGGUCAUUGUACUACGUGAUCGGAGCAGCCGGGGGAUCCAGAAUCAUCACCGCGACCAUUCAGAACCUGGUCCAUGUGUUGGAUCAAAACCUGACCGUGCCUGAAGCGCUCGCGCAGCCACGCCUGCAUGACCAGCUCAUUCCUAAUCAGGUCUCUUUCGAGUAUGCCUACAACAACGAGACGGUGGCUUUCAUGAAGUCUCGGGGUCAUAACGUUACGUGGAUCGCCCCGGGCCAGAGCACCGCGCAGGGUCUGCGCCGUCUCUCCAACGGCACUUUUGAGGCGGCGGGAGAGCCUCGCCAGUUAUCAUCAGGGGGGUAUGCCAUAUAACAUCUACGGUAGACAAGAUCGUAUCCACCAUUGCACAUUUCAUCCGCUCCCCGCGCGUGGACUGAACCGGCAUCAAAUGAAGUUUUCCUUGGCGUUGCGAUACUACUUGUCCUGUUUCCGUGCCGACGGAUGUAGGCUUGCCUCGUAAGGCGCACUUUUAGACCGUUCGUCUGGAACGCCCCGAUCAACGUGAUAGGAGGUGAUCUUGUAGGGCGUCUCACAUUAUUGUCUACAAUGGUAUGCUCGCUAAAGCAUCCCGACGAGGCUUGUGGUUGACCGGCUCAUGGAUAGCUACUGCUCUUAUUGGCUCAUGUGGAUGCAUGUCAAGGUUCAAGUUUCCAUGACUGAUCCAUGCAAUAUUAUUUCAACAGCUCG